AGGGCUCCCUCAACCCGCCUGCAGUCCUCCCUCCCCUGAUUUGUGUUUAUUUAUUUAUUUGGGCGCCGGCCCCCCGCGGCCCGGGAGGCGGAGCUGAGGCUGCCGUUGGGCCUCCCGCGAGGAAGGCGGCCGCGCGGGAAGUUUGAACUGUGGUGGCGGCCGUGAAAGGAGCAACGAGCAGAGAAAGCAGUCAGAGUGACCGGUUGCCAUUAUGAGGCGGUGCCGAGGGAGCAGCUCUUCCGGCGAGGAGCUGGCGAACGAACCGGAUUGCAGCAUUCAAGAAAAAAUUAACUUUGAAAUGCGAAUGCGAGAAGGAAUUUGUAAACUGCUUGCUGUGAGCACACAAAAAGACCAGCUGUUGCAUGCAGUUAAAAACUUGAUGGUUUGCAAUGCUCGCAUCCUGGCUUAUAAGACUGAAUUACAGAGGCAGUCAGAUUCAGCUGUGAAUAGAACUACUGAACGAAGCUCAGAUUUUGCAGCUAAAGAACGUACACCUUGCAGAGGCAAAAUUGCCAUAUCAGAUCUCCGAAUUCCAUUGAUGUGGAAAGACUCUGACCACUUCAGCAACAAAGACAGAACACAGCGUUACUCUGUUUUUUGCUUACUCAGAAUUGGAAGUCAGGUUUUUGAUACAGACCUUCUUCUUGUGGAUAAAGCAAUCACAGACAUAUGUUUUGAAAACGUAACUAUAUUUGAGAAAGCUGGGCCAGACUUUCAGCUUAAAGUUGAAGUCUACAGCUGUUGCUGUACUGAAGAAUCUUCAACAAUUACGAACACUCCCAAGAAACUAGUUAAGAAGUUCAAGACCUCAAUUGGGAAAGCCACUGGGAAGAAACUCAGUUCUGCAUUAGAUGAUGGCAACCUUGAAUCUUUACUGUUUGCUGACACUGUAGUACUUGGUGCAAAAUAUGGCUUGCUGGCACAUACAUCUUUGGGGCUGGAAAGUGUUGAGGACAGUUUCAAAACCCACAGCAUCACUAUUGUAGGAAAUGAGGAAUCAUCUUUUUGGCUUCCAUUGUACGGCAGCAUGUGUUGUCGUUUAGUUGCCCAGCCAUUCUGUAUGGUCAAGGAUAUGAUUUCUGGAUUUCUUAAUCAGCAGCAAAUGGUCAGGAACCUGAUUAUCUGGAAGAGGCUAUACUGUGUGCUAAGAGGUGGCAAACUCCUUUGCUACUAUACACCAGAAGAAAUAGAAGCUAAAGUGGAGCCAGCUUUGACUGUUUCUAUCAAUAAGGAAACCAGAAUUCGUGCUGUGGAUAAAGAUAGUCAGAAAAAAAACAGUAAUUUUUCUAUUAUCAACCCUGAGGCUGGUGAGGCUGUGACUCAUAUUUUUGCAGUUGAAAGUCGGGAAGACCUGUAUAAGUGGAUGGAAGCUUUCUGGCAGCACUUCUAUGAUUUCAGUCAGUGGAAACAAUGUUGUGAAGAAUUUAUGAAAAUUGAAAUGAUGUCACCACGGAAACCACCAUUGUUCUUGACAAAAGAGGCCACUGCAGUUUACCAAGAUAUUAGCAUUGAUUCACCAGUAAAACAUGAAGCAUUAAUAGAUACGGUACAGAGAAAAUGUGGGAAAACCCAGGGGGUAUCGCUAGCUGGCCAAGGACAAGAGUGUACCCCACCUUCCUGGGCUGCCAUGUUUGAUGGUUCUCACCAGAUGCUUGUACAGAAAAACACAUCUCCAGGAACAAAUGUAGAGAUUAUUAACCUGAAUGAAGGGAAAGCCAAAAGAAGAAGAGCACCCCUCCCACCCUCAGAUAAGCCAGUGAGGCCCUCAGCGGUACAAAGGUUAUCAGACCAAGGCAGCAAGGAAAACAUCUGGAAUUGUUCUCUCCUCACAAGCCAAAACUGCUCUUCAGAUUCCAGAGUAUCUUCUAUACUUCACUUCAAGCAACCUAUUGCAGCUCCUUGCAAACUGACUUCUUGCCAGAAAGGUACUGUUGCUGACAGUGAAGAGCUCCCGUCUUCAGCUUCUAAGGGAAUUUAUUGUGAAAAGCCCAUUCCUGCUCCUAGGCAGAAAUCAGUCAAAAGAGAUUCUUGAUCCCAGAUCAUGUUUGCAUUGAUUAGUCUAGUACUGGUUUUCUUCAGAAUAAGAGAGAUGUUUUAUUUCCCUUGUUUACAAUGUUAUCACAAACUGAAAUCUUUCACUAGAAUUGCUAAGGUAUCUGAAAUAUUUGUUCCAAUGUACAGCCAGAGUUCAAGGAGCUGGGAUUAUCACAGGUAUAUUCUCUCAGCCACCCCAAAAAUUUUGUUUUGCUUAUCAUUGCCAGUGUUGUAAACAGCUUUUUUAAAGCAAAGAUACAAAUCAGUGACUUGUUUUUUUAAAGGGAAGUAGAGAAUGUUUUGAUAGGUUCUGUUUGACUCCAAAAAUCUGUACACUAUUGUAUUAAUGUAGCGAUAGUCAACCCCCAACUUUCUCCAGACUUCAAAUAAGCAAGUUUCAAAUUUUACAAAAUAUUUUUCAUCAGAAAAUGUUUGGGUUAGCAGAAGCUGCUGCUGGCCUUUGCCCAUAAAAACUGCAGGGCCAAUCUGUAGGCUAUUGCGCUAACAGGAUUAUCUGAGUUUUUCUUUUUCUUUCGCCUUUUUUAUGGGAAGGUGAAAUAUCUGUAGGCCUCUGCGGCUACUGCUCUCUGACCCAUAUGGAGUUCCUUUGUUUUUUGCCUCUUCCUUGAGCUUUAACUGCUCCAGCCCUACUUGUGCCCCAGUGAAUGUAAGGAUGUUUUUCCCUAUGGUGCUUCCAAAGUUAACUAUGCAGUGCCAGAAGUUUAAAAUCCUUACUGAGGAGCCUGGAACAAAGACAAUGGUUUCUACACAUCUUUCUUGAUGCUCCCAAGAGCAUUCUAUUGCAAUUCUUGUCAAGAAUUUUCAAAUUCUGUAGCAAAGCUUACCUGGAAAAUUAAGCAUAGUCUUUCUUAAAAUCAUGUUACAGUAUUAGUACAGUCAAUCUCUUAGGGCAACUGACUUUAAAUUUAUUAGAUAUUUUGACACAGUACAGUUAACAUAAUGAUCAUAUAAGGGGAAAUUAAGCACAUUGCUAUAGCUGUUUCCUUUUUUUUCAUGUGUGUCUUUUAGUACCCUGGUUGCACAAUUGAUUGUGUGACCUCUUGCAAGUCAGGCAACCUGGAAACAGCAAUAAAAUGCUUUCAUAAUUUUUCUUACAUGUAUAGUAAACUUCGGCAGAAUUCUGCCCUUUGCAUUUGUUUUCCCACCAUUGUUUGUACAACAGAAAUUAUGAAUAUGAUGCCGAAUCGUGUGCUUGGCAGAGCCAACAGACAGGACCUUGGAUCUCAAGAUACUUGAAGGCCUCAAAGGUCACUGAGGCCUGCUAAACGUUCCCCCUGUGUUCUUAAAUGUCAGCAUCAGAAUUUAGUUCUUAAAUAACAUGGGAUGUGAGAAGAAAUGUCUGUCUUUAUCUAAAAUACAGAUGAUCCUCUGAGAGGAACCAUCUACAUAAUCAACUGUUGAGACAUUUAUACCUUAGCAAAAUAUAUUCCAUAUUGUAAGCAGAAACAUAACAGAGGAAAUGAAUGCAUCCAUUUUCAAAUAAUAUUUAAAUUUAGAAUUGUUGGUUAAUUGAACCUCUUAGUAUAUAAAAGGAAAAGUAUUGUUGAAGGCACUUUCCUCAAAUACUGUUGUGAUUUUAACAUCCCUGUUUGUGUGUGUAGGAGUCUGUUAAAAUUCAAAGACAUAGGUACUAGCCACUUUUUUGUGUAGUAAUAAUGAAGUGCAAAUAUGGAUGGCACUGGAAUCCAAUUUAUUGUAUGUUUUGAUACAGUAUUUUAAUGAGAUUUGGUUUGAUACAGUUUUAGUUUGUGUAUUAAUUUCUAAUGCUGUGAAGAUUUUUUAUGUUAGGUGCAAGGUGUGUGAUAGAAUCUGGAGGAUCUCUGACCUCGUGUUUACCAUUGUUUUAUGGAUAUUCUUAAAGGAGCAGAAUAAAGAUAACAGAGGGUUAGUAUGACACUAAUGCGCUCUAAUCCAUUAAUGAGUACAGUAGAAUCCUUUUAAUUGGCAUAUUUCUGUUAGCAGUAGGGAGUGCCAAUUAAGCAAUCUUCUCAAUUUUAAGACUCUCAGGAAUAUGCUGAGCGUACUGAUAUUUGCUUUUAUUCCAUGCCUUCAACGACAGAUUAGCAGUGCGCCCUGCAUUCCAAAUUCCCGUCUUUAUUUGAUUAGCAAGUUGCAAAAAGCACAGGGAAGCUCCAUGAAAUAUGUCCACAGAGGAAGCUUUGCUUUCACAAAUGCAGUUCUAAAAGCAUUUGGAAGUGUGGCUGAACUUGCAAGGCAGCUCUUAGCCAGAGAGUUUAUCCUCUGAAGUUAAUUGUAUUUCUUUUCAUCUACAUUGUCCAACUAUUGUGUUUUCCCAUCAGGAGGCCUAUUUAUGUGUUGUCUACAUGCUGAAAUAGAACAACAUUCUUGGGACGGAGAAUCGCCAUUUUGGUUUUAGUGUGUUGCCAGAAUAUCAAAACAUUACCAAGGAGGGGGGAAGAGCAGAAUUGUUUCUUAUUGGAAUUGUUAACAUGUGCUCUGAUUUGCUGUAAGGAAUAGCUUCCCAGGCACUCAUUUGCACAUUUAGGUACUGAAGUGGCAAGUGUAAUUAUAUGAGAGAACAAUCUGGUAUGAUACGACACAGUUUAAACAAAACUGUGAUCUAGAAAGCAGAGAGACUAUUGAGGUCAGUGCAAUAGCGGAAAGCUUUGUGUGUUUCAGAACAGUUUACAAAGCACAAAUUACAUAAGAUAGCAUCAGUUUCAUGUAAAGUAGGCAGAGAAUACCAACAUAUGAAAGGGUGAGAAGGUUGAUGAGCAUUCAUGGGGAGAGGAUCCUGAAUGCUCCCUCUCUUGCCACUCUUAAGUUCCCAGGUUCUGCCUGAUGUCUUUUUCAUCCACAAUGGACUUUCAGUACUAGAAGUGGAGUUGGGUAGUAGUAGAACUUGCUAGGAGGGAACAAACUUUUGAAAUUCACUCCUGCCCUCACGUAAGUUCUGACACUAUAGAGCUGGUUGUUAAUUUGCCAUCUUAGUGGAUAGGCUGGUUCUUGGACAUGACAUGGGGAGAGCUCAAGUGAAAACAAGAUUGGGUGUGCGUUUCUUCUUUUCCAACUGGUUCCUACUAGGGAAAGAAGAAUACCUCAUCUGGGCUGUCAGUGGAGGUGAAAUGCACUUGAGUCGCCCUUUAGUGUGAACCUACUUAACUUGCACUUCCCAGAUGAAUAUACAUAUUGAAACACAAUUAUCCUUUGCUUACACAUUUCUCUGAUUUGUGGUGCACUUCUCUGAUUUAAAAAAUGAACAUAAGGGAAAUUGCAAACCAAAGGUAAAAUUAGUGGAAACUGCAUACAAAAUUGUUGAUGAAGUUUACACAGAAAAAUGCAAAUACAUUUCUGUGCACACUUAAAGGCAUUUGCAAACUGCUGCAGGAGUGGGACCCAAAAAGGAAAGCCACCCAUGCUUGUACUUGAAAAAAUUAUGAACACACUAUACUAUGAAGCAUGUAGAUGAGUCCAUCUCCAGUUCUUCCCAACAUAUCACCCCAGGCUAGAACUUGGAAUUUCACUUGUAGCAUAGUUUGGUGGCCGCAAUGAAAACAGCCAAGCUCCAAUGUGACUUUCUUGUGGUGAGGGGGUGUAUUGAAUGCACACGUGCUGAGACUCCUCUCCUGCUGAGAUCUACACACACUCAUGAUUCAUGGACUACACUGAUAAAAAGAGAUUAGGGUAUGGUUAUGUAAGCCUUUGGCCUGUAGCUGUAUACUAUUGGCCAUGCUGGCUGGGACUGAUGGGACUUGAAGGCCAAACUGCCUGGAGGGUCCAAAGUUUUCCACGCCUAGAUAGAAUUGGGCCAUUUCUCCUGAAUCAAAGAUGUAGUAAAGCUAAGCAUUUGAAGGAAAAGCCCUUCUUCCCACGGCUGCUGCAAUUCUCACCUGCCCCUCCCCAAUUCUGAGUAGGAAAGAAUUGACAAGACUUGAUUCUUCUUCAUCAGUCAGGUUAUAAUCCUAUCUUUCUAUUCUUCUAAAUUGACAUGCUCCAUAUUGGAUUCUUCAGCCUUAAGACUGUGACAGGCAAUAGCCACAUAUAGCUCUCAGAACACAGAGUACUUGCAGGUGCUGAUAUUUGAAAGGCUUGGGAUGAGGGCUAUAAAUUUCCCUUCCAUGCAACUUUUGUCCCAGAGACGAAAUGCGGCCUCAUUGUUGUCUGUAAUCUUGGAAAAGGUUGGUGCAGUGGGUGGUAAUUAAGUUUUUAAAAACUU